UUCCUCUCAUUUACUUCUCCAAAUGAACAAACUUUUUUCUAAUCCUUUUUGGUGCUUAGCUUAUUCAUCAAUCGCAAUAUUCUUCACUUAAGAAAUCACUUUUAUUAGUCAUGAACAUUUCUGUAAUAAAGGCAUUUGGAACCUUUCUUCUUGCAUGGUUCAUUAUAUUUCAAGGUCAUUUUGUAGUUGUAAAUGGAGAUUUUAAUUAUCAAGAAGCUCUUACCAAAUCGAUUAUUUUUCUCGAGGCACAACGAUCAGGAAAACUUCCUCCUAAUCACAGGCCUUUAUGGAGAGGAGAUUCUGCUCUUCAAGAUGGCAAUACUGUAAAUGUUGACCUUGUAGGAGGAUACUAUGAUGCUGGAGACAACGUAAAAUAUGGUCUUCCAAUGGCUUUCACAGUAACAACUUUAGCAUGGGCUGCUAUCGCAUAUCAAUCACAGCUCCAAGCUGCUGGAGAAUUAAAAAAUGUUCAAUCUGCUAUCAAAUGGGGCACUGAUUAUUUCUUGAAAGCCAGUUCUAAGCGUAAUCGCCUCUAUGUCCAGGUUGGAGAUCCAGUGAAAGAUCAUGAAUGUUGGACAAGGCCAGAGAAUAUGAACACGCCGAGAACUGUACUAAUGAUAGACCAGAAUAAUCCUGGAACAGAGAUUGCAGCUGAGACUUCUGCAGCAAUGGCUGCUGCUUCUGUUGUAUUUCGUGGAACCAAUCGUACCUAUGCCCGUCAACUUCUCAACAAAGCCAAACUGCUUUUUCAGUUUGCCAAAAGCCAUAAAGGAACUUAUGAUGGGGAAUGCCCUUUCUAUUGCUCCUUUUCUGGCUUUCAUGAUGAGUUGUUGUGGGCAGCAACAUGGCUAUAUAGAGCAACCAGGAGGCCAACAUACUUGGAAUUCAUACAAGAAGAGGCUACUACUGCAACUGUAGCUGAAUUUAGUUGGGACCUUAAAUAUGCUGGAGCUCAAAUACUCCUCUCUAAGUUCUAUUUUGAAGGGGAGAAAGAUUUACAGAAUUUUAAGCAACAGGCUGAUGGUUAUAUUUGCUCAAUACUUCCACAUAGCCCCCAUCACCAGGUUUAUAUAUCUCCAGGGGGUCUCCUUCACCUUAGAGAUGGAGCUAAUACUCAAUAUGUUACUGCCACAGCUUUUCUGUUUAGUGUUUAUAGUGAUUAUCUAGCCAACCAUAAGCAAAAGGUCAGCUGUGGUAACAAACAGUUCAAUUCAGCUGAUCUCAUGGCCUUUGCCAAGCAACAGAUGGACUAUAUACUAGGGAAAAACCCAAGAGGAAAAUCAUACAUGGUUGGUUUUGGGAACAAACCUCCAACUCAAGCUCAUCACAGAGGUGCCUCUGUCCCGAAAAUGUCUCCAAACAAACUGGUGGACUGCUCCAUGAGUUUUGUAUACUGGUACAACACAGAAAAACCCAAUCCUAAUGAGCUAACAGGCGCCAUUGUUGGUGGUCCUGAUCGAUAUGAUAACUUUGAAGAUCGUCGUUCAACUUCAGCCAUGACUGAGCCGACAACAUAUACAAAUUCUCUGGCUGUUGGUGUCCUUGCCAAGCUCGCGAAGCACCAUGCCCAGUCUUGAUCACCUAGCUACAUGUUCAUUAUGGUGAAGAUUUCUGAAGGUGUACAAGUUAUUUUUUGCAGAUGAAUUGAGAUUAUAUAUAGUGAUGUCUUUGUAGGUCCUAUAUAUGUAGUGACAGCCUCGGAUAGCUGGCUGCAAGGGAUCGGGGCAAAUAAGCUCGAAUUUGUCUCUCUUUUUUUCAACAGAUCAGAUGUGUUUAACUUAGAAUAGGAUUCUUAUGAUGGUCUAGAAUCUAAGGUAUUACUGUUGCAGUGUUGAUUAGUUACAUAAAGUCUGCAUCCAAGAAGAGUACUUUCUUGUGGUGGUUUUAUAGAUGAAAUGUUGUGUACAUUUGUAAGGAAACACAUAUUUGAAUAACAGUCAUUCCAAGAU